AGCCCCGGAGAAAGUAGGAGGAAAUGACAGUGAGAAGGGAAAGCAGGGCAGAGGGAGAAAGAGAGGAGGCCAUAGAGAUAGAGAGAGAUACAGAGGGGGUUUGGAAGUAGGAAUACACAGAUGAGAGAGCAUAAGAGAAAGCCAGACAGACAGCAGUGCAGACAGACGGACAGCAGUGCAGACAGACAGACAGACAGACAUCAUUACAGACAGACAGACAGACAGACAGACAGACAGACAGACAGACAGACAGACAGACAGACAGACAGACAGACAGACAGACAGACAGACAGACAGACAGACAGACAGACAGACAGACAGACAGACACAGGCAGGCAGACAGACAGACAGAGGCAUGUCCACCCAACCGGGUCCCCAGCACAGGGUCUUGUUCCAAACCCCAGGUGAGGAGAAGGCGGAAGAGGAGCCUCCUCAACGCAGACUGGGAAAACUCACGGUCAAGUACAACCGCAAGGACCUGCAAAAGAGGCUGGACAUCGAGGAGUGGAUUGACGGGCAGCUGCAUCUCCUGUUCGACUGCGAGGAGGAGGAUAUUCCAGAGUUAGAAAUUGACAUGGAUGAGUUGCUGGAUCUAUCAGACGCAGAACAAAGAGCAAAGCUACAUGACCUUCUUCAAGACUGUGACAAGCCCAAAGAGGACUUCAUCGACGGCUUGCUGUAUCGUAUGAAGGGACUUCGCAAGAUGUCCCUGAAAAAAUGAA